AUGAUUGAAAAUAUUGUUGGCGAAGAUUCGAAUGUGACACGUCAACGAUUUAUACCACCGGAAAAUAUCGGAGAAAGUGUGAAAAUAAUUGAACUAAGUAAUGAAAUUACUCAAAUAUCGAAUAUUAAUAUGGGUGGUUGUAAAGAAUGGAAAUGUAUCAUUCAUUCUCGAAAAUCUGAUAUGAUUAUGCCAAUAGCUGAAGCUGUUUUGAUGAGUUCGCCGAAAGAAAGUUAUCAGCGAUACCCCAACCAAUAUUAUGUCCUUUUCACUCAGGAAUCACCAGCUAACUAUCCGGUUAUUGAUUUAUCCUUCAAUUUAUCACUGAAUUUUAUUCGUAACAGUCCAAUUUCAUCACCAUACGGUUAUACGGUUAAAUUAGCAAAAGCUUCAAAGCCAAUAGGCUCAAUAAUUCAUGGUGAUAUUAUACAAAAUAAAACAAUACCGAUUGCGUGGUUUGUAAGUAAUUGUAGGACAGCAAGUCAACGUGAACGUUACGUCAAACAUUUAAAGAAAUAUUUAACGGUGGAUAUAUUUGGCUCAUGCGGUAAUAUGCGCUGCAAACAAAACGAUGCAUCAUGCGAAAGUCAACUCGAUAAUGUCUAUUAUUUUUAUUUAUCAUUUGAAAAUUCAAUAUGUGAAAAUUAUAUAACAGAAAAAUUAUGGAAGCAUGGAUACGGUCACGACAUUAUACCAAUUGUAUUAAAACGAUCGAUCGUUGAACGAUAUGUACCACCGCACUCAUUCAUUGCUGUUGAUGACUUUACAACAAUUCGUGAUCUUGCUAAUUAUUUAAAAUAUUUAAUGCAUAAUCUAUCAGCAUACAAGGAGUAUUUUGAAUGGAGACGAGAUUAUAAGGUGUUAUUUUUGGAUGGAAAUAUUCAUGAUCAGUUGGAACGACCGUGGGGAUUUUGUCAACUUUGCAGAUUAUUAUGGAUGAAACCGCGCCCAAAAUAUGUUAUUGAAAAUUUCACCAUUUUCUGGGAUAAUAAAUGUGAAUCAUCUGGCACAUUAGUGAAUAGAAUUUUACAAGAAGAAAAAUUAACAAAAAAAAAAAAUUAA